UCGAAAUGUGUUCUGUUAUCUGUGUAAUAAGAACGUACAAGGAGGAAACGAUUGUCCAGAAUACGAACCAAUAACUGGCGGCUUUGAUAUCAUGUCGUUCACAGCCAUUUUGGAUUUUAGGAUACUAAGUUCUACAGUCCCUUCCCCACCACAUGACACCGAGAAGUGUUCAUCAAAUCAGCAGUACGACAGAUACAAGGACGUCUGUAGAAACAUGACGUGUGCUACGGGGUCAAUAUACAUGGACGGGGAGUGUAAACGACAAUACACCAGUGAGGCUUUCAAGUCUUAUGACGUCUAUUUCCGGAUAACACCGGAACAUGAUUUCUGCGUGGCUUCCCUUGACCUGUUUGGUACCGAGCUGAGUAUGUCUGUAUUCUCAACACUUAAUGGCUCCUCCUCUCUCAGGAACAGUAUAUGUUCGUUCGCUCCUCUAUUCAUGCCCGGAAAUGAAGACUGCGACGGCAAGAACUUAUCAUCAGUAACAUACGCACUGAUCCAUGUAGGAAUCUACUUGUCUGCCGUUCAUUCUGUUGACCAGGUAUUGACAGAGUUGUCGUUACUGGACAACAGUUUAAUCGUUGUCGGUUCCCACAGAUUCACAAUAACAAUCGAUUCGAGAUAUUAUGGAGAAAUAGCGUUUGACUCCCUCAUUGACACACGGCGUUAUACGGAUCCCGAUACAAAGAAGAUACUCUUGAGGCUGCACUCCAAUCGUAUCGUGUCCAACAUAGGCCAGUAUCCUAUACGACACCUGCGCGUGACGGAGUUGAUAUACUGCAGACGCGUGUUUUUGCCAUCCAAAGAGUAUAGCGUCACUUUUAAUGAAGGCUCCAUCUGUCUGGAAAUGAUCAGUCUAUUUCUGACGAACGGAACAUAUAAACAAAAGCAGAACGGUCUAGAAAUGUGUGCAGAUCUUUAUUUUGCGCAUGUUCAAAAAUUGUCACGUGAUAGCCCAAAGACUGAGGUUUGUGACUCUAUACAUGUUAGUACAUGGAAUGCGUUGGGUCUUAUGUCGUUGAUUCCUGCAACCAUGUCGAUAAUUUCCCUUAUUUUGACUAUUUUGACGUAUGGCUUAUUUGAAUCUUUGCGAACAACACCCGGUAAAAACAAUAUGUUCCUAUCCAUAAACAUCCUCGUCACUCAGUGUCUGUUUCAGUUUGGGUCGGGACAGAGAUCUUUGGGAGUAGGUUGUGUUGUGAUCGGUGUCUUGAUGCACUACUUCUGGCUGUCGGCCGUCGUCUGGACGAACAUUUGUUCCUUUCACAUGUUUAGAGUUUUCUCUAGCUUGAAAGCAAAGACCAUGAGUUCACUGAGAGACGAGAAAAAACACAUGGUAACGUACAUAAUGUAUUCAGUGUUGACUCCCUUGGUAGUCGUGGCUGUAAACAUCCUUGUUAACUUAGUGACGUCAGACUGGUCAGACAUCGGUUACGGAGGCUGCGUCUGUUAUAUUUCAUCAAAACAUAUGAUUAUUUACACUUUUGCAAUUCCUUUAUUUGUUAUUCUUUUGCUUAACAUAAUAUAUUUUGUAAUUGUGGUAAUGGCUAUUCGACGAUCACAACAUUCCAAACUUUCUUCUAACAAAGACAAUGUAUCGAUCUUUGUGUAUGUGAAGCUUUCCUGUGUGACCGGCGCCUCCUGGAUAUUUGGCUUUCUAUACAUCUGGAAAAGAUAUGACGUAUUUUGUUACCUUUUCGUUAUUCUUACUGCCGGACAGGGGAUCUUCAUCUUUUUGUCGUUCAUUUGUUCCAAACGAGUUCUGAAAAUGUACAGUAAAUUAAUGAGGUGUCCCAGUUCAAACAGAAACACAUCCUCUUCCGGGACAAAUAAGCCGGUAUUAUCAUACCUGUCGUCACAUUCACAGAACAAUGUACAUCAAUGUACAACCAGAAUGUAAAGAUAUGAAUGGCAUAUUGAUGGGUGGUGGGACGGCACAGUGGUAAUGGAACUGCAAUUCAUUUAAGCGGCCAGGGUUCGAUUCCCCCAUCGGACAUGAAAAGGUAUGGGUCACGUUUCCGACCAUGUGAGCUUUCCCUGGGUACUCCGAUUUCCUCUCAUAGUAAGAACCCUCGCGCGCUUUCGUCAGGGCUAAAGAUCGUGAUUAAUAUAAGUUGAUAUAACUUGCUUGCAAUUGUUGUAGAAUAUGUAAAGUUAACUUGUUUUUGGGAUAAAAUAAUUCAAUUCCAAGGAAUUUCUAUUACAAUGCAGACAACAUGAUAAACACGAAUCAUAUUACUUGCGUAACGUCCAUGUACAUGACAAUAAUUUUAUCUUUAUUCAUCCAGUGAUCGGGAACAUAAUAAAAGUGGUGAUGGUUGCGCUCAAGAAGAAGUGCUGUCCGUCAGAGUACACAAAUAUAACCUGGGUAUAACUUGCAAUAAAUUGUAAAAAAUAAAAUCAAUGUGCAAUCUGAUAUAUUUACCUAGCGUUUAAACAACACUUUGUUAUAAGGUGAUGGCUAUGCCAUAAAUAAGGAUACGUGUACUUCGAUUAAUUUCUUUCGUCUGGUUAUUUUGGCGGAGAUAUUUGUGAGCUAGCAAUUACAAUAAUACCUUUACGUUAUGUGUAAAUGUUCCUCUUAUUAUUAUUUCUUUGCACGGUGUUUAUAAAAUUACGAUGACAAGUUCUUAUAUCCAUUUAAUGCAUUUAUUUCAGUAGGAAUAUGAUUAUAAAAUAUAUACAUAAAACACAACAAAUAAAUACUUACUAUUUUCUAUGAAUGGACUUAUUAGUCACAACUUGAAUAAACUGGAAGUCGACAAAGCAUGGUAUAAGUGGCAUACCACAAUCAAGUAAAUUAAUUAAAUAUAAUUAACGGUUUCCGGGUGACCAGCUUCCCAAUUUUAAUGACGCAAUCAAUGAACAUUUAAUUUACGGUUUCCGGAUGACCAGCUCCCCGCCAUUUCAAUCAAUAAUUAUUUACAAUUUCUGGUUGAUCACAUACCCGCUUAUUAUGGGUCAAAUAAAGGGCAGAUCAAUUAAUGGAGUCUUGGUGCCCAUAUCCCUUUUAAAUAGAAUAUGAAUUCAACUUUCAGCUGAUCAAUAUACAGCUGCACAAUCAGCAGAUCAGUGUUCACAUCAAUAAAUCAAUAGUCCAUAACAUUGUCAAUGAUUUGUUUUAUCAAUAUACUGGAUUAUAAAACAUAAUCAAAUUUCACUUUUGCCGCAAAUCAUGCUUCAUGUAUACUGAAAUAUACCUGUUAGUUUCACAAACAAACCAACUCCAAUACUGUGGCACAUGAAGCUUACACAUAAACCAGUCUGUUCUUCAGAUAUCGGGGGGGAUGACGAGGUUCUAUACUCGCACAAAUUCAAAAUGCGUAGAUCUUGACUGGCACAUGCUGUCUGGUCAUCCCAAUUAACUGAAAGUCAAUGCUAGAGAAGCAGCAGCUACAUAGCAGAUAAAGGGUGGGGGAAUAGUGGGCUUUACGAAAAUUCUCUUUGCCGAUGGUAAACUUAUUAGAAUUAAAUAGACCAUUUUCAUAUUCAAGUAUGCAUGCGCCGUAACCUAUACUACGACAGGGACGCUAAGCGAAAUCACGCGUGACUAUCCGUUACUUGAAUUUGAGGGGGCAAGCGAGAAAGUAUGGCGGAGGCCUAGGGUUAACGUGUAAGCUAGGAGUAACCGUAGAUCAAAGAAUUCAGUAGUAUCGUUCUUUAGAUUCCCUCUAAAUGCACAUCGGAGAAGAUUGUGGAAAGUUGCCAGUCAGCGUGACGAAAAAUCUUCAGAAUUACUGAGCACACGAAGGUGUGUUCACCAUUUUGUCACUGGUAAACCGUCGAAAGACUCGAAACAUGUUGACUUUGUGCCUACUCUUAAACUGCACAAACGUGAGAUAAGUGCUAAAUGCAGAACAUCUUCUACUAGUAAAAAGAUCUCAGAAUGGACGACUUCAGUUGACGCAGGCUUCUAUUUCCAUAUCAGUUAGUAUUUCACAAAUUAUAACAUAUAAACAUAAUUAUAUAACAGAAUAUCAAUAACCAUAGGUUACAUUCUUGAGGUUGUUUAAACGUGCAUUCAUCAAUGUACAUAAAAAUUCUUCUGAUGAUGCCCAGUACGGAAUUUGCUUUAUUAAUGGCGUUUCGUGUAUGUAUUGGACAGUUCAAUCUAUCAUCUACUGAUAUGCCAAAAUAUUUUCAAAUGAAUUAUUUUUUAGUGUGAAGUGUUCUCUGUUUUGUCCUUUUAAUUUAUUUUCCCGGUGCUCAAACAUUUUUAUGUGGAGGAGCUUAUAUUUGACAAUUUCUGAAGUGUAUCUAAAUCAGGCGUAAGAUGUACCCUAGAAUGGUUGGCUUACUAUCAUCUGCUCUAAAUUUGAUAUUUC